UAUACACUGUAUUUGUGUGAACUUGCACCUCAAGACUUUAGUGAUGUCACUUAACAAUGUUAUGUAGAUAUUAAAAAACUUCCAUAACCUGAUCUCUCAUACAACAGGUUUCACUCUGAAGAAGAAGAAGAUUUCUACAUCAACAACACCUUACAGAUGGAAAGCAAUAAUUACAGCAAUGUCACAUUCAACUAUAAUUCCACCUCCGAUGACAUCCCUUAUAAUAUUGAACCAAAUAUUCCGUAUGUGAUAACAUGCGUAAUCAUUAGUUUCGGCCUCCCUUUGACUCUAGUGGCCAUCUACUCUCUUUAUUCCCAGGUGCAAAAUAACAAUGUUGCUCCAAUCUACAUCAUCAACCUCCUCAUCUCUGACAUCAUUCAGCUCUGCUACAUGAUCUUCUUAGUGGCAAAUCCUGUGGACUGGAAGAUCUAUAAAAUCUUCUUUUAUAUUUACUGCUUUGGUGGGGUGAGCAGUGUUGGCUUCAUGGUCUGUGUCGCCCUGGAAAGGUAUUUGCUCAUCGCAUGGCCACUGUGGUACCGCUUCAGAAGAACCAUCAAGAUCUCUCUUGCAGUCUGUGUCGUGGUCUGGACCCUUCCUCUUGUUUUUGUCCUUCCUUUCUAUUUCCAGGUUGAAAUUAAGGUCUUAAAAACCAUUUUCGCUGUCUUUCUCCUUGUUCCUUUACCACUGUUCAUAUUCUUCCUGGGUGGGACCCUCAAAUCGCUGUCUGCUGCCAUCUCGGUCUCCUCUGAUGAAAAACGACGAAUUGUGGGGAUGUUGGUCCUGGUGCUGCUCAUCUACACGCUGCUGUUUCUACCCAGCAUCAUCUGGUUUCUGGUAGGAGAAGCCAGAGAUAAUUAUACCUUCAGCGACCUGACUUUCAUGCUUCUUAAGUUGAGUCCUCUUGCAGACUUGAUUCUGUAUGUUUUCAUGAGGAAAGGGGCCAUAGACAAGCUUUUGGCCUCACUGUGUUGUUGCAGAAUGGACAGUGAUGAUAACAGCAGAUCAUCAGCAUGAAAGACAACAACAUGUACACAGUCAGCUCCAUGCAGGCAGAGAAAGAGGGAGAGAGAAAAAGGAAAAGACAACAAAACUAAUAACGCUGUUUGUUGUCAGCCAGUGGUGUGACCAUCACAAGUAGAUGAAAAGAAAUCAUUGUUUUGAUUAUGUUGUGAGAGAAGUGGUUAGUGGGAAAUGUUUGUCCAUGCAGGUUAACUUUUUCUGAUUCAUGGGGAUGACUUCAACAAAUGUACAUUAAACAUGUUUUUAUUUGACUUUUAGCUGGAAGUUGAUGUCUAUCAUUAUUAUCCUUUGAAGGGGACAUAGCAUGCUUUUUGUGAUUUUCUGUCAUUUAUCUUCAUAAUUUAAGUCUGCCAAGGGGCAGCUUCCUGGACCUG